GGCGCGGCGGGCGGGAGAGGCGGCGCGGGCUCAGCGGUGGCGGAGCGCGGCGGCCCGAAGUGAGCGGAGGGCGCCGGGGACAGGCGAGGCGCCUCGGCGGAGCCCGCGACCUCACAGCGACGCCCGGACGCGGCCCGCGGAGGGGAGCGGCCGGCAGCGGCUCUCGGCCCCGCGCCCCGUGACCGCGCCCUCCGCCGCGGGAGCCCCGGGGCCCCGCAGUCCGCGAGUGUGCGCAGCCGCCGCCGCCGCCGCCGCCGCCCGGGAGGGGCCCCGCAAGGACCGUGCAGAUUAGAAAAGCACUUGGGAGGCACAUUCAUCUUGCCGGCGUUGUCAGGAGUGAUCAGCGAGUUUUAUUAAAAGCCCUGGGGUUGCCUGAAAAGCCUCCUUGUCUGAGUUGGAAAUGAAAGGGACAUGUUAAGAUCUUGGGGCACAUUGUCAGGACCCCUUGCCCUGCCCCUUGGACUAUGAGCUAACAUCCCUGGAGGAAGCACAGAAACCCUCCUUUGUUGAAGGGAUUUCACUGGUGGACAAACCAAGUUGGCCCCUGACAGCAUGAGCUCUCCGAAUUGGAGUGGGCACAGUGCCUUGCUGUUGUUGCUGCUGCUGCUUCUCCUAAACUGGGCCAGUCCCUCCUUCAUCAGCCUUAACCGCGGGGUCAGGGUGAUGAAGGGCAGCUCUGCCUUCCUGUCGGGAGAUGACCUGAAGUUUGCCAUCCCCAAAGAAAAAGAUGCUUGCAAAGUGGAAGUUGUGAUGAACGAGCCAAUGACCCAAAGGGUUGGGAAACUCACUCCACAGGUCUUUGACUGCCAUUUCCUUCCCAAUGAAGUAAAGUAUAUUCACAAUGGUUGCCCGAUUCUUGAUGAAGAUACAGUGAAGCUUAGACUUUACAGAUUUACUGAGACAGAUACCUUCACGGAAACCUUUAUCCUGCGGGUCUAUCUCCUGGAACCAGACUGUAACAUCAUCCGUAAGAGUAACAAUGUACUGGAGGUGUCAGAAUUCUACGGCCUGUCCGGAGCCAUUGAUAAGAACCUGCUCAGAUUUGAUUACGAGAGGACGGCUGGCCUGGAGUGUACGGUCAGGCUGGAUCCUGUGGGGAGCCGGCUGCCAGCCCACGGUCAGGUGGUCCUGCUGGAGCCUCGGCCAGAGAAACCUCGGGGAGAUCAGCCACACAGUUUUUUCCCUAAGUCUCAACUGGGAACAGAGCUGAGGUGUCCAGGUGGAAGCUGUGCCCUGGGACUGAAGAAAAUGGGAAGUGUCAACGUGAGCUGUGAGGAGUUCCUGUUGAUGGGGCUUCAUUAUCAACACACAGAUCCCCCUUCUCCCAACAUCGACUACAUCUCCAUCCAGGUGGACCUCACAGAUGGCAGGAGCAAAAUCGUAUACAAGUCAGAGAGUGCGUGGUUGCCCGUCUAUAUCAGACCUGGCAUUCCUAAUCAGAUUCCAAGGGCUGCGUUCAUGGCCAUGUUUACUCUGGAAGUGGAUCAGUUCAUCCUGACCUCUUUGACUACAUCCGUUCUGGAUUGUGAAGAGGACGAGACCCCAAAGUCCUUGCUGGUGUUUAACAUUACUAAAGCGCCACUCCAGGGCUACGUGACUCAUCUCUGGGAUCACACCAGACCGGUCUCCUCAUUCACCUGGAAAGAUCUCAGUGACCUGCAGAUAGCCUAUCAGCCACCGAAUAGCAGCCAUUCUGUGCGGAGACAUUACGAGGUGGAGGUGGAGGUUUAUGACUUCUUCUUUGAAAGGAGUGUGCCUAUUACGGUCCACAUCUCCAUCAGAACAGCAGAUACAAAUGCCCCGAGAGUGUCCUGGAACACAGGUCUGAGUCUUCUAGAGGGGCAGUCUCGGGCCAUCACUUGGGAACAGUUUCAGAUUGUCGACAAUGAUGACAUCCAUGCUGUCCAGCUGGUCACCGUGGGCGGCCUGCACCAUGGACGACUUACACUAAGAGGCGGCAAAGGAUUUCUCUUCACUGUGGCUGACCUUCAGGCUGGAGUUGUUCGCUAUCAUCAUGAUGAUAGUGACUCCACCAAAGAUUUUGUGAUCUUCAGGAUAUUCGAUGGCCAUCACAGCAUCCGCCAUAAGUUUCCCAUCAACAUUUUGCCCAAAGAUGAUAGUCCCCCAUUUCUCAUAAGCAAUGUUGUGAUUGAACUGGAGGAAGGGCAGACCAUACUGAUCCAGAGUUCUAUGCUGAGAGCAUCAGACAUGGACUCCAGUGAUGACUACAUCUACUUUAAUAUCACGAAACCUCCUCAGGCUGGAGAGAUCAUGAAGAAGCCAGGGCCAGGACUGAUAGGCUAUCCUGUCCCUGGCUUCCUUCAGAGGGAUCUAUUUAAUGGCAUCAUUUACUAUCGUCACUUUGGUGGAGAGGUCUUUGAAGACUCUUUUGAAUUUGUCCUGUGGGACAGCCAUGAACCUCCAAAUUUCUCAGUGCCACAGGUGGUGACCAUCCAUAUCACUCCAGUGGAUGACCAACUUCCAAAGGAGGCUCCUGGAGUUUCUCGGCAUUUGGUUGUCAAGGAAACUGAGGUGGCCUACAUAACUAAGAAACAUCUACAUUUUAUAGAUACAGAAUAUAACAGGGAGCUUCUCUACACGAUAACGACACCUCCGUUUUUCUCUUUCGGCCACAGACAUCUGGAUGCUGGGAAAUUAAUUAUGGUGGAUAGCAUUUCAAAGCUAACUAAAAAUUCUGCAGCCCGAGGGCUGAGAUCAUUCACUCAGCAUGCUGUAAACCACAUGAAAGUGGCCUACAAGCCACCCAUGCAAGAUAUGGGCCUCAAUCCAGGAUAUGUUCAGUUUGCAUUUUCCAUCAGUAACCAGCGUGGAGGCACUUUGCAUGGGAUCUGCUUUAACAUCACAAUUCUUCCAGUGGACAAUCAAGUUCCUAAGGUGUUUACCAACCCCCUAAGAGUGGCUGAGGGAGCUCAAUGUGUCAUCAGCACAGAAAAUGUUCUGAUUUCUGAUGUGGAUACCAAACUGGACAGCAUCUACCUCUCCCUACAAAGACUGCCUCAGUGUGGAAGAGUGGAGCUGGAAGGAUUUCCUCUAAACAUAGGAGACAUAUUUUCUUGGGGAGACCUCCAUGCCUUAAAAGUUAGGUAUCAGCAUGAUGGAUCUGAGAUACUUCAGGAUGACAUAUUCUUGGAGGUCACAGAUGGCACGAAUUCAGCAGAAUUUAUUCUACACAUUGAGGUAUUCCCUGUAAAUGAUGAGCUACCAAUCCUAAAGACUGACCUCAUUCCCAUGAUACAUUGCUCAGAGGGCGAAGAGGUAGUCAUCACCUCUGAAUACAUUUUUGCUACUGAUGUGGACAGUGAUGACUUGAAACUGAUGUUUGUGAUUGCUCAAAAGCCUCAACAUGGGGUGGUGAGGAAGGCUGGAGUCACAGUGGAUCAGUUCUCUCAGGGAGAUGUCAUCUCGGGGGCUGUGACAUACAAACACACGGGUGGUGAGAUUGGCCUGGUGCCUUGUUUUGAUACCAUUACAUUGGUGGUUUCGGAUGAAGAAGCUGGCCCUUUUGUGAAUGGCUGUUGCUACAAUGGGCCUCAUCCAUCUAUUCCUCUUCAUGAGUCCUUUCCAGUGUAUGACCUCAACAUCACAGUACAUCCAGUGGACAACCAGUCACCUUCAAUCGCAAUUGGUACCAUGUUUGUGGUAGAUGAGGGUUUCUCCGCAGCCGUUACCAUUAACCAUUUGUCCGCCACUGACCCUGACACUGCAACAGAUGACUUGGAAUUUGUUUUGGUUUCUCCUCCCCAGUUUGGCUACCUUGAAAACACACUUCCUUCUGCAGGUUUUGAAAAAAGCAAUAUGGGCAUAAGCAUAGCUUCGUUCCCGUGGAGAGCCAUGAAGGCUUUGCACAUUAACUAUGUGCAGGCUAGGCAUCUAAGGAUGGAACCGACGGCUGACCAGUUCAUGGUGUAUGUCACAGAUGGGAAGCAACGCUCCUUGGAGAUACCAUUUUACAUUAUAAUCAACCCCAUGAAUGAUGAAGCUCCUGACUUUGUAGUGCAGAAUAUUACUGUGUGUGAGGGUCAGAUGAAAGAACUGGAAUCCUCCACCAUCAAUGCAGCUGAUCUGGAUGUUCCCAAAGACCCCUUGCUGUUCAGCAUCACUCAUAAACCACGCCAUGGCCUCCUCAUCAACAGGGUGCUUAGCAAAGACUUUCCUCAAAAUAAGCAGUCUGUCAACCCUGACCAGAAGCACGAACUUGUUCAGAACUUUUCCUUGGAACUUCUCAAGAAUGGAAUGAAGUUGAUGUAUGUGCAUGAUGACUCAGAGACUCUUGCUGAUGACUUUACAAUCCAGUUGUCAGAUGGGAAACAUAAGAUAUUAAAAACCAUUUCAGUAGAGAUCACCCCAGUUAAUGAUGAGAAACCAAUGCUGAGCAAGAAGGCUGAAAUUACAAUGAAAAUGGGUGAAACUCGAAUUAUUUCUAGUGCUGUUCUUUCAGCCAUAGAUAAAGACUCACCCAGGGAGAAGAUUUACUAUUUAUUUGAAAGGCUUCCACAAAAUGGGCAACUUCAACUUAAGACAGGGAGGGACUGGGUCCCUCUCUACCCUGGCAUGAAGUGCACUCAGGAAGAAGUGGAUUUGAACUUGCUGAGAUAUGCACACACCGGGGCAAUGGAUUCCCAGGACCAAGACAGCUUUACCUUCUACCUCUGGGAUGGUGACAACAGAUCACCGGCAUUUGACUGUCACAUCACCAUCAAGGAUAUGGGAAAAGGUGAUAUUGUCAUCCUUGUGAAACCGCUGGUGGUGUCUAAAGGUGAUCGAGGUUUCUUGACGACCACCACUCUCCUUGCUGUGGAUGGAACAGACAAACCCGAGGAACUACUCUAUGUCAUCACCUCCCCUCCACGGUAUGGCCAGGUCCAGUAUGUCCGCUAUCCUGGAGUUCCCAUUACAAGCUUCAGCCAAAUGGACAUAGCAGGACAGACAGUCUGCUAUGUACAUAAGAGUAAGGCAGCUGUCUCCCGUGACACCUUCAGAUUCAUCGUCAGCAAUGGCCUGCAGACCAAACAUGGGGUGUUUGAGAUCAUACUGGAGACCAUGGACAGAGCCUUACCCGUGGUGACCAGGAACAGGGGGCUGAGACUGGACGAAGGGACCACGGGCCUGCUCUCCCCUGACAUCCUCCAGCUGACCGACCCUGACACCCCAGCGGAGAACCUCACCUUCAUGUUGGCCCAGCUCCCACAACACGGCCAGCUUUACCUGCGGGGGACAGUGCUGCUUCAACACAACUUCACCCAGCAGGACGUGGACAGCAGAAAUGUGGCCUAUAGGCACUUGGGAGGAGACUCCCAGGUGGACUGCUUUACGUUUGUGGCCACUGAUAGAACGAACCAAGGCUUCGUUGUGGAUGGGAGAGUGGGACAAGAACCUGUAUCAUUCACCAUCCAGGUUGACCAGUUGGACAAAACAGCCCCCCACAUCACACAUUUGCAUUCCCCUUCUCAAGUGGUGCUCCUGAAAAAUGGCUGUUACGGGAUUUACCUCACUUCCCAUGUGCUGAAGGCAUCGGACCCUGACACCAAUGAUGAUCUGAUCAUCUUUAAGAUUUUACGAGGCCCCCAACAUGGACAUCUGGAGAACACAACCACAGGUGAAUUUAUCCAUGAGAAAUUUGUCCAAAAGGACUUAAACAGUAAGACCAUUCUUUACAUCAUAAACCCAUCUUUGGAAGUGAAUUCAGAUAUCAUGGAAUUCCAAAUCAUGGACCCCACAGGGAACUCUGCUACUCCUCAAAUUUUGGAACUAAAAUGGUCUCAUAUUGAGUGGUCACAGACGGAAUUUGAGGUCUGCGAGAGUGUGGGCAUGUUGCCCUUGGAAAUUACCAGAAGGGGAUAUUCCAUGGACUCAGCCUUCGUGAGCGUAAAGGUCAACCAGGUGUCAGCUACAGUUGGAAAAGACUUCACUCUGACUCCAUCUAAACUGAUUCAGUUUGACCCAGGAAUGUCAACUAAGAUGUGGAAUAUAGCAAUUACCUAUGACGGAUUAGAGGAAGACGAUGAGGCCUUUGAAGUAAUUCUGAACUCCCCUGUGAAUGCAGUUCUUGGCACCAAGACAAAAGCUGCAGUGAAAAUUUUGGACUCAAAAGGAGGACAGUGUCAUCCUUCAUAUUCCUUCAACCCAAACAAGCACAAUGCAAGGGAGAAGGGCAUUUGGCACCCGCUGUCCCCAGGGUCUUCCUCAUCCACCACUUCUGGUUCCUUUCAUCUGGAAAGAAGACCCCUUCCAUCUUCCAAGCGGCCAGCAGUCACUAGGGGAGACACCGGGCAGGGCUUUGAUUCUGCAGAUCCGUCUCGUAUGAAGCUUAGGACCCAAGGGAAUGGCAAAACAGUUCUUCCAUCCUCUGUUUAUAGAAAUGGAACCGACAUCAUCUAUCAUUAUAAUGGAAUGGUUUCCCAGAAGCUGGAGGGAGACAGUUCUCCGUCUCGCAAAAGGAAGGCCAAAGUAGCCAUCACCAGUCAGCCACAAAAGACAAGCCAAGUGGCAGCGCUGCCUCAAGCAGAUAAGAUGGAAUCCACAAGUGACUCACACUUUUCCAGACAGGACCGAUUGCCCUCAAUUCCAAAGGACUGCACACCGGAAUUAAAGGGACUUCUCCACUUCCACGAAAGCCUCCGGAAACUGUACAAGUGUGAUGGAAUUACCUGGAAAGCCUGGAGCCCCCAAACCGAGGAGGUGGAAGGUGAAGCCUGCCCAGCUGGGUGGCACCAUCAUUCAGGCUACUGCCACUCUUUGGUCACAGAGCAGAAGGGCACCUGGAGCACUGCUGCCCAAGCUUGCAAGGAACAUCACCAAGGCAGCCUUGUAACUGUUCUCUCCAGGCAGCACAUGCGAUGGCUUUGGGACAUCAGUGGAAGAAGGCCCUUCUGGAUAGGUUUGAAUGACCAAGUGCAUGCUGGCCACUGGGAGUGGAUUGGCGGGGAACCUGUCACCUUCACCAACUGGAGGAAAGGGCCCCCUCAACGUUUAAAGCGUGGCAAGGACUGUGUUUUGGCUCAAAGACAAGGGAAAUGGCAAGCGCAGGACUGUAGGAAGGGCAAACCUUACAAUUACGUGUGCUCCAGGAAACUCCAGAUGUAACUGGCCUGUAUUACAGGUGCCCACUUGGGAUUUCUCACCUAUUUAUUUACGAGAUUUGUACAUAUUGUUCAAUAGAAAACAAGGUGUCAUGGCUGACUUGGUACAUUUCUUUUUUCAUAGUAUAGGAGUGAUUCUAUCUAGUAAAAAAGAAACCUUGAAGAAUAGUUCCAGGAAGAUGGAUCAAUGAAUAUUUCUUUCAGGAAGAGGUACAAUGCUUAGAUCUCAACACCUUCCGAAAUAAAUGCCUACAGUCUUAUAUGGUACAAGUUUAGCUUAUUCUGGGAUACUCUCACCCUGACCGCACUCCAUAUCUGAGUCAGUACCAAGUCCAUGGUCCCUGGAUUGUUUUGUCCCAAGACCUCAAGCGAAUCCACUCGGAAAUCUGUGCUGCAGCUGCUUCUACCACUUCCACCGGAGUAAAGCCAACCCUACGGGCUCAUUAAAUCACUGUGGAACUGCAAAGCAUUGCUUUGUCUUUUUGGAGCCCUUUCUAAUGUGAAACCUGAGAUAAGAGGCUUGUGGAUAGAAAGGAGAAUGCUCUGUGGUAGAAGAGCAAAGCUUUAGAUAAGAAAAUCUUGUAGAUAGAAGCUCAUUUGCAAAGCUCUAGUUCAGGUAAGAAUUCUGAGGCUACCUGUCCUUCAAGGGUCAACCUCUCCCUCAUGAGACAGAUCUCUUUUUCCCAAUAAAAAUGUUGGCAUCAUACCAUCCCAGAGUUAAUCAUUAAGUUUCCCCCGCCUUCCAGAUUCAUGAGAAAUUUGAAGUAAUGUGAAUUCUCUUUCAUUUACGUAUAGGGUACUGACUAGCAUUUUGCAAGGACGUUUAUUAUAGAGUAGAUAUGAGUGAUGGUUAACACAUGGAAGAAAAAUACUGCUUCCUCUGAAGGGUCUCAAUGAACUGUGUUGAUGAACAAAGAGAAAUCAUACUGAAAGCAGAGCCCUUGAAAACCUAUAUUCUCAGAACGGAUUUUGCUACAAUUUUGAGCCCUUAAAUCUCUAAUAUUUAUAGAAAUGGCAUGCUUACCUGAUUCUCUAACAUAAAGAUCCCUUAUUAAUUUAUAAUAUCGGCCGAAUGAAACAUUUUUUUUUCUACCAGUGAAGCAUGUUGCAGCCUUACAGGAACUCCCUUCGGAAAUCAAGAUUUAAUUACAGGAAAUUAGAAAUUUAUUUCUGAAGCAUUUGCUCAAUUUUUCCUCUUUUCAUAAUCACUGAAAAAUACGGUUGUGCCAAAUGGAACUUGCUUUAUGAGUAAUUCAGUGUAGUUUCAGAGUCAAAACAGGGUUACCAAGUAGACUAAAGCUUUGGUGCAGGUUUUAUUAUAACACAUUCAGUAACGUGAAAAUAAAUGGAAGAAAUUCCGUCCAGUUUCUGGAUAUAAGACAUGACAAACUUGUUUCAUUUCUGCUCACUUAUCAAGAUUUUUGUAAUUAGAAAUAAUUACAAAGAAAAGUUGGGAUAACGUUUAGGCAGGCCUACCUUUUACUUAAAUUUAAAAGGCACAUUGGAGUUGGGAGGCUCCUUUAGGUAUUCCAGGUAGGCUCUGAACUGAUACAACAUGCAGGUCUCUCCUAUGACACAAGCACUCUCUGGUAUUUAACCAAAAGAUGGAAAAACCCAUACCCUCUCCACUCCUUUCUGAUCCACUGGGGUCUGCAGCGUGGGAAAGUGAGAUGCCAGGUAAUGCAGCAAAGAGUUGUUUAUGUAAAGAGUGAUAUCCUAGGAGGGAAAGUAAAAGUUCAAGAAAUGAAGAGUUCAGGGGCCACUCCUUCUACUAGAACUCCAGAGCUCUAGUAACUAUUUAAGGCUGGGAAUCCAGAUCCAAGACUGUUACGUAGAACCUGGUCAGCACAGGUAGAUUUUAUUAUACCUUGUUGCAACAACAAUGAUGUUUAAGUGUAAUUGCAAUGCUAGCACAAAGAGAGAAUGCUUUGAUUUUUGUAGCAACUAGAAAUACUGGAAUAAUAUUUUUAAAUGUUCCUGAUCAUGAAAGCAUCAAUCAGGUUGUAAAAUGCAAGUAAUUGAAUGAGGAUACAAAGAAAAAUUCAGGCAAGUUGGGGUGCUGAGCAAUAUUUAUCAUGACCUUCUUUUCUUUCUCAUCAUUGGGCUUUGACUUCAGGGGAGAAAAGAAGUAAAUGAUCGUCAUCAUAAAAGUAAAAGACAAGGGGGGACCUGGCUGGCUCAGUUCGUGGAGAAUUUGAUUCUUGAUUUCAGGGUUAUGAGUUCAAAAACCAUGUUGAGUGUAGAGAUUACUUAAAAAUAAAAUCUUUAAUAAAAAAAAAAAAAGUAAAGGAUGGUCCUGGUUCUCUCCACCUAGGUUGGUCACUGUCACCCGUCAGGUUCUGGUGGGAGCAGGAAGGAAGGAAAUGGAAUAAUGGUAGAAGGGGAAUGGGUGAUCAUGGGAGAGAAGAGGGGAGAGAGGUGAGAAGGGUUGGGCAGGGAGAGAUGGGGCAGAUGAUAGCUAAAAAGGAGGGCAUCAGAAAGAUGGACUUCCAUGCCACCCAGCUCUUCUCCCCAGACUUGAAUACUGACUCAGGAACCGUCCCCCUCUUCAAGGGUAUCAGCCCAGUUAAGUAGUGUGUAGCUUUUCAGAAUCCUGUGAUUUUUGUCCUUUAACAACAACAUUCAUAUGUAUACUGCAUAUAUUUUACUGAACAUAAAAACAUAUAAUUAUUUCAUCUCCUUCCAAGGUGUGGUAACAAUGAACGAGGUGACAUUUAUUUACAUUUCUGUUUUUGUUUAUUUUUAAUACAAAGAGAACAUGCACAUAUUUUCAUUAACACUAUGGCUUGUAGAAUUCAAACCAGGAGGAACUGGUGCUGAUUAAUUUUGGCAGCAAAGGAACCUAUGAAAUGUACUGUCUCUAGCUUUGUAACAAAAUUAAUAAAAUGAAACUAUUUCUACUUCUGA